AUGGGAUGUAAUGAUCAAGCUUUGGGUCACAGCUACACAGGAACAGGCAUAUUAGGCCUCGGCUUUGGAAAUUUCUCCAUUGUAGAGAAGCUCGGCUCCAAGUUCUCAUUUUGCAUUGGUCGAAUACGAGAACAUGGUUCUACUCACAACUUGAUACUUGGGGAUGGAGCAAACAUACAAGGAAAUCCCACCAUGAUUAGUAUCAGCCGUGGCCAUUACAUGUUUCAGUUGGAGUCCAUUCUUGUUGGAGAGAAGAUAACGUUGGACUACCCACUCCAAGUCUAUCUUGACACGGGCUCAACUAUAUCUCACUUGUCAGAAGGUUUGUAUAAAGAUAUCGUGGAUAAAGUCAAAAAUAUUAUAGGAGUGGAACCACUUCGAGGAGAAUCACUUCCACAAAAAUCAUUGCUAUGUUACGCAAUUGAUGCUUCAAAAAUACCAGAGGAUAUCGAUAUUGGUUUCAUAUUUGAGGGAGGAGCCGAAUUGAGUGUGGAUGUUCGAAGUUUAUUCAUACUACUUAAGCAGGGAACUUUAUGUUUGGCGAUUGAUGAGAAUCCUGAAGAAGAUGACGAAAUCAUAAUUGGGGCUGCUGCUCUGCAAGGGUACAAUAUAGGUUAUGACAUAAAAGCAAAAAUGGUUUAUCUACAAAAACAGAAUUGUAAUAUGUAG